AUGAAUUCAGCAAAUAAUGUACAAUUUAACGAAGAAGAAAAGCGUGAACCAAUUUAUACAGACAAUCAAUUGAAGAAUAAUAGAGAAUUAUUCGUUAUAAGGUCAACGCUGUCUAUGUUCCUCGGUGGUGUAGCUGGCGUAUUGGGUUUGACAAACUUGUAUGGCUUGAUAUUCUAUCUACUACUAGCGCCAUCAUUACCUUUACUGAUAAUUACUUUAAAAACACAAUCAACUCAAUAUCAAUCUUACUACAAGGAUGGUUUAUCAGAAAUCGUCAUACCAACGAGCGAUAGCUUGUUUGGCUUUAUUUUAGUAUGGACAAUGGCAUACGGUUUAGUUCAUUUGUACGAAUAAAUUGUUUAGAUAUCACAGACAUAUCCAGUUGGAUGAAUGUAUCCACUCAUGUAGAGCUUGUCAUUUGCUCUAGCUACAGUUGUUACAGUUGAAACUUCUGUACCAUCAUCAGCUAGUAUCAAUUCAGCUCUCCAUCUGUAGUGUGUCGAACCUGGUGCAGGUGGUUCACCAUAGAUACGCUUAUAUGAAGCCUCGCUGACUUCAGUCUUACGAAGGCGGUAGAUUCUAACAGGUGAUCUUCCUGUGUAUGGGUUAUUUUGACUCUUGAGGAACUUAUGAAUCUGUGGCAUCGUUGCGAUGUACAAUUCAUCAUUUAUUGGGUCGUAAGAAACGUUAUCCAUCAUUGAACCUAAGUGGAAUUGUUGAAUCUGUACUAAAGUAUCAUCUGGUUGUCUUUCCAUAACGAGUGGUUUACCAUCGUUCAUUUGGUUGAUAACAUAAUGAUCAUCAUCAAUUCUAGCAAUUCCAUUGAGUGAAACGAAUGAACCAAUUGAUUUACACUCUCCUUCGGCGUUACAGUGUCCAAGUGUAGAAGUAGCGAAAUCGGUGAUAGCAAGUACCUGAUCGAUGAGACCUCUCCAGACUCUGGUUGGUUUAUCAUUUGUGAAGUAUAUACCACCUUUACCAUCAGAAGCGACAGCGUUAAGUGCAUACAUUACAUUCUGAUCAUUAAAUGAUCUAACAUGAGUGAGCUUAUUUGAUGAUUUAUCAGUUUUGUAGACUUCUACAGUUUCAGUAGUAGGGAAAUCUGGACCACCAGUUUCAUUCUUAGCAUGGUUAACAAGGUAGAUAGUAGCGGAACCGUCUGAGUUGUCAACGACAUCAAUACCAUGUGUACCAAGACCACCUUCUGGAAGGGUGUUCAUUGACAUUUUUGAGAACUUAUUUGUUGCUAAAUCAUACUUUCCAAUAAAAUCCUCAUUUGUUUGCUCUUUAUAAACCCCAUGACCGGGACCCCAGAGAAGUCUUGAUUCUACCGGUGCGCAACUGAGGUAUAAAGCGUUACCGGAUGGGUGAUAACGGAUGUCUU